CGGCGGGGGCGGAGCCGCGGCGACAGCGGCGGCAAGGGGGUGAAAUUUCUCGAAGGUGCGGCGGGUGCGCCGGGGCCGGGCCGGGCGCGGGGCGAGGUCUGGGGAGCGCCGGGGGCAGCGGUGGCGGAUGGUGACGGUCCCCAACGCUGCCGCCGACACCGCCGCCAUGAAUCAUAAGAGCAAGAAGCGGAUCCGUGAGGCGAAGCGCAGCGCCCGGCCCGAGCUGAAGGACUCGCUGGAUUGGACCCGCCACAACUACUGCGAGACCUUCCCCCUCAGCCCUGCCGCCUGCAAGGAUAACGUGGAGAGGGCAGAUGCACUCCAGUUAACAGUGGAUGAAUUUGUUGAGCGUUAUGAAAAACCUUACAAGCCUGUAGUCCUGCUGAAUGCUCAGGCUGGCUGGUCUGCCCAGGAGAAGUGGACUCUGGAACGGCUGAAGCGCAAGUAUAGGAACCAGAAGUUCAAAUGUGGGGAGGACAAUGACGGUUAUUCUGUGAAGAUGAAGAUGAAAUACUACAUAGAGUAUAUGGAAACCACACGUGAUGACAGCCCACUCUACAUCUUUGACAGCAGUUAUGGAGAGCAUCCCAAGCGCCGGAAACUCCUGGAGGACUACAAAGUACCCAAAUUCUUCACUGAUGAUCUCUUCCAGUAUGCAGGGGAGAAACGAAGGCCACCUUACAGAUGGUUUGUGAUGGGCCCACCUCGUUCUGGAACAGGAAUUCACAUCGAUCCCUUGGGAACUAGUGCGUGGAAUGCCUUAGUCCAGGGACAUAAGCGCUGGUGCCUGUUCCCUACCAGCACUCCCAGAGAGCUGAUCAAAGUGACGCGAGAAGAGGGAGGGAACCAGCAGGAUGAGGCUAUCACUUGGUUCAGUGUUAUCUACCCUAGGACACAGCUCCCCACCUGGCCCCCUGAAUUCAAACCCCUGGAAAUUUUACAGAAACCAGGCGAGACGGUCUUCGUGCCGGGUGGCUGGUGGCAUGUAGUUCUCAAUCUUGACACAACCAUUGCCAUCACACAAAACUUUGCCAGCUGUACCAACUUCCCUGUGGUGUGGCACAAGACAGUAAGAGGGAGACCCAAAUUGUCACGGAAGUGGUACAGGAUCCUAAAGCAGGAACAUCCUGACCUGGCAGCCUUGGCUGAUUCAGUUGACCUGCAAGAAUCUACUGGUAUUGCUUCCGAUAGUUCCAGUGAUUCUUCGAGUUCCUCAAGUUCCAGCUCCUCAGACUCUGAUUCAGAGUGUGACUCUGGCUCUGAGACGGAGGGGAUGAUGCACCGGAGGAAAAAAAGGAGAACAUGCAGCAUGAUGGGUAACGGUGAUACAACUUCCCAGGAUGACUGUGUGAGCAAAGAGCGAAGCUCCUCCAGGAUUAGGGAAUCCUGUGGAGGCCGCAGCUACCCCUGAGAGAUGACAUCACUCGCCUAGAGGCAGCUGCCGAUCGAAGCUCCAUUAGCAGCCAGCCAGCUCUGUUCUGCCCCCUUCUGCUUCUGUUUCUCACAGUCCUUAACUUUUUGUCACUCUUCCUUGAUCCAGACCUCCAUCUUCAUUAUGUGCUGUCAAAGGUUGGCUCCUUAAUAACUUCUAGGGGAAUGCCCCGACUCUACAUUAUUGUGCAAUGCUUUGUCCCCUCUGCGCCCCAAGUGAGUGCACUAAUAACCCAGCUCUGGGUAAGGACAUGCCAAGUAUUUAAUGGUUCACAUAACUGGCAAGGAAGACGACGGUCAGUUUUUAAAGAACUCUUUUUAAAAACCAGCAGGUAAAUGUAAAAACCUGCCUUGCUUUGACACUGUCAUAUGUUUACAUGUUGUCCUGUACACUUGAGGAAAGGAACACCAGCCCUUUUGGCCUGUCUGAACGUCCAGCGGAUCUUGCACCAGAACUUCAGGAAGGGAAAGUGGUAUGAAUGCUCCAGACACUGAAGCAACUUCAGUGGAGGUGACCGCCGACCUGAAGCAUCUUUCAUGGUCUUAAUCUACAUGCAUACAUCUAAGGUGCAACACCUUAACCAGCAACAGUCCAUUUACUUUUGCUCUGUGUUUGUUAUGAUGACUGGUAACAAAGAUGCACUAGCACCUUGCGAUCGGAAACUUGAUGGGGCGGGAGAAUCCUGGGUUUCUUGCACAGCAAAAACUGUGGGGGGAAAAGCCAGCAUUUGCCAGUAAUUACGAUCCUUUAGGUGCAGGCAUGAUGUUUAGCACGAGGCAACAACUGACAAUGUCUGGCUCUGAUACAACAGUUGCUGGGCUUUAAAUACCAAGCAGUUACAGGGCUGUGGGCUCAUUCAGGCCAGUGUGGUUCACAUACCUAAAUGGCUUUUCUUCGAAGCUGUGAGUUCAGAUGUUUCCAGAACUUGCAGUGCCAAUUUUAAAGGACUGGGAGGGGGACAUAUUGUUGUUUUACGCUUUUUAAAAAUGCGCUGUGUUGCUUAAGUCUGUGUAGAUGCAUUUGUGUUAUGCUGGGUAAAGCUCUCAUCCCCAAGGGAUCUGUUGGAGCUGCUGGGUUUUUUUAGCAGGGGCUUGUGCUGGUAGUGUCAGCGAAAGAGGUCUGGCUGGCUGAAGGCGUGCUGCAAGGAAGUGAUCCUUCUCUAGCUGAACAGCACAGCCAGAAGCUAGCUGUGUUGGGGUGCUUCCUUGGGUGCUCUCCUGAGACCUAGGAGAUAGGUAUUCCAUCUCACUUCUUUCUUUGGGAGAGAAACCUUGAAAACAGAAGUGGUGUGUGUGCAGUCAACAUGCAAUAAUGCCCAGGCACAGGUAGCAGAAUUAAAAAGCAGAUUGCAGCCUUAACUGUGACUUUCUUAUACAUGUUGUGUUUGAUGGACCCCAGAACAUUUGUUUGUCUGGGUUUUCUGACCUUUAUUUUUUAACCUUGUCUCUUCCUAUUUAAACACUCUCUUCUUGGAGACCAGGCCAUAUCCUGUUGUACAAGGGAAUCCUAAAUAUGUUUGUCAGGAUUUCUGUUUCUGAAUCUUCUGUGCCAGUCACUUUGUGUAGGAGCAGCGUGGUGGUGGAAGAAUGGAGAGAGGGAAGGUUUUUUGGUACAUUAUUUAGCUGUCCAGACUCCUGGAUUCCCUGUGAUAGCCAGGCAUAAAUGAGCACGCUUGCUCUGUAGACUGCUAUAGAUUCUUCUGCAGGAUUACUUCUUUUUUCUAAAAAAAAAAAAAAAAACAACCCAAAAACAACUAACAAUAAAAAACUAAACAAAACAAAAACAACUUCUCAAACUCCUGGCAUUUCUGGCCAAGGUUGCCUUUUUUCCUGGCCAGUUGAACAGCCUGGGAGCCUGCACAAUCUGUAUGUCUUCUCAAACAGAGCAGGCUGCAGCUGCUGCCUUUUGGAAGAACAUGGGGGCUUGGAGAGGUGUGAAGGCUUAGAGGUCUCAGCUCUGUCAUGAUGAGAGGUUCCCUCAAAGAACUGUCCGCUACCCUCUUCGGUGGCUUGACAGCAUGCCAGUAAGAUGGCUUAUGCUGUAGCUUGCAGUUGCAUUUAGCGUGCGUGGUUCGGUUUUGCAGUCUUAAAAUCUUAGAUGUGUGUGAAAGCAUGAUUGCUGUACUGGGAAAGCUGCACCUCUACCACCAGAAGCACAGUGGGAAGAUCCAGAGCAGAGUAUUCUUCCGUGCCUAUGAGCUCUUCCAUGGUGUGAAAUAAAACACUUUCAGGUUGAAGCCUGCUUGUUUGACAUCCCUUGCAGAAAAGUGGUGUGUUUGAAAUGGACUGCAGGCAUCAUGAUACCAGCAAUGCUGUACUGACUUCUUCACAAGGCACUUUCUGAUCUAAAACAAAGGUGUAUUUGUUUAGCUACCUGGGAAUCGUGACUCCUGGGAUCUCUGGUUCUUCCACUUUUGGGCUCUUGCCUCAGCCGAAUUGGUGAGCUUCUGUCUUUGUUUUGGUAGAUGAGGAAAAUACCUACCUCAUAUAGGGGUGUUGUGAGGCUGAAAUGUAAUUACUGUGUGAGAUGCUUUGAAGUCAUCCUCCCACAAAAAGUGUUCCAGACAUCCUAAGCAAACUGAGACUUCCUAACCUGGUGUUAGCUUUUUGUAGCAGAAAACAUUGGGGAUGUUGUUCAGCACCCUUGGCCACAUGGUGGUCUGUGGUGGCCCUUCCAGAAUUGCUGUGUGGUACAUAAAUUGUAGCAAAACAAGGCAUUUUGUUUUCACCAGAGUUUAACUAUUGGCAUUUCAUGGUCUGCUCUAAACGGGGUGUCCUGCUAGAUCAGGAUGCUUAAGAACAGGACUAGAUUAAAUUAUCCCUUAUCAGGGGGUCAGCUUCACUGGCCUUGACAGAAGGGGGAGAGCUGGUGCUUCCCAGGCCCUCGUUCCAGGCUGGGGGAAUGAGGAAGUUAAAAACUGUGCCUGCCUUGUGCCUAGCUGCACGUUUGUGGGAGGCUGAAUGGGGGGGGGGAGUGGGUUUUGUGCUCUCACUUCUCAGGCUUGUGCUUCUUGGGGCAUCCGUGUCUCUUGUCCCAUCCCCACCGCUUUUGUGUACUGUAGAGCCCCUGGAUGUAGCAGGCCGCUGUGGUCCAGCACCCAGAGCCGGUGGGCCCCUCAUUUCCUUGAGCCCCAAAGCAGCAGCACUGCCUUGCCUCGGGCCCUGCAAACACUUUGUCAGCCUGCUGGUGUUUUGUGGGCUGCCCUUUUCCCCAGGGACAGGCUUAGAGCUGCGUGCUGGGCUUGGACCAUGAGCUUCCCGAUUGUACUGUGCAUAUCUGUGUCAAUUGUCCUGCCUGCUCUGGUGAAAGGUAGAGAGAUUUGUGAGCUCUGGCCAUGCUUUUGAGUCUAGUAACCAAUACAGGCUUGUCUGCUGUGACAGUUCAGGAGUAAACAAAUAAAUACGCCGUCAGAACUGUAGAUGUGAACAACAGUGCCAGUCUCUGCACCUGUUCUCUGCACAAGUGCUGGGGGAGCAGGUGAUGCCGAGGAAGCGCUGGCAUACCUUCCUCCCCUUUCCAGCUCGGCUAUGUUGGCUCCAGUUUGUCUUCUCAGUUACAUGAAGCUUCUCCAAAUGCUUAGGAGAAGGACAGCAACCUCUUUCAUAAUUAACCUAGACCCAUUUUCUCCCUGAAUCCCCAGCCAUUGUGGGGCAGGAAGCAAGAGUGUUGACUGAAUAUGAAAUGCCUGUGUGGGCUAAUUGUAAUGGGAGGGUUUUGGCAUCCCCCCUUGCAAAGGGGGGAAGGAAAGAGCUUAACUGAUGGAUUUGACAGUCACACUGUCGGCUCCAAGCCCUGCCACUGCCGUUAGCUGCUUUUAUCACCCCAUCCAGCAGAGCUGGGAUACUCCUAAUUGUCUUGUUCAGAUGAUUGUGGUUUUGCUUUUUAUUUUAAAUAAAAUCAAUUAUUUUGCAUUA